CUGAUAACUGCCCAACUUUCCUUUCCCGAGUCGAUCAGCAAGAAAAAGCCCCAAAUUCUAAACUGAGCGAAACCCUAAACUCUCGUUCUCAAUUCUCAAUCCCCCAAUUCCAACCCUAAACCCUUGGAAUCCGCGAAGAUGGUGCUAGCGGAAUUAGGAGGGAGCAUCUCCCGUGCUCUCCAGCAGAUGAGCAAUGCCACCGUCAUCGACGAGAAGGUCCUCAACGAGUGCCUCAACGAGAUCACCCGCGCUCUUCUCCAGUCCGAUGUGCAAUUCAAGCUCGUCCGCGAUAUGCAGACCAAUAUCAAGAAGAUCGUCAACUUGGAGGAACUCGCCGCCGGUCACAACAAGCGCAAGAUCAUCCAGAAUGCUAUCUUCACUGAGCUCUGCAAAAUGCUUGACCCCGGCAAACCCUCCUUCACUCCCAAGAAGGGCAAACCCAGCGUCGUCAUGUUUGUCGGCUUGCAAGGGUCUGGGAAGACUACUACAUGUACGAAGUAUGCAUAUUAUCAUCAGAAGAAGGGGUGGAAGCCUGCGCUGGUGUGUGCGGAUACGUUCCGAGCUGGUGCGUUUGAUCAGUUGAAGCAGAAUGCCACCAAGGCGAAGAUUCCGUUCUAUGGGAGCUAUAUGGAGUCUGACCCGAUGAAGAUUGCGGUGGAAGGAGUGGAGACUUUUAAGAAGGAGAAUUGCGAUCUGAUCAUUGUGGAUACCAGUGGGCGUCACAAGCAGGAGGCGGCUCUUUUUGAGGAGAUGCGGCAGGUGGCGGAAGCGACAAAGCCGGAUCUUGUGAUUUUUGUUAUGGAUAGCAGUAUUGGACAGGCUGCGUUUGAUCAGGCCCAAGCGUUUAAGCAUAGCGCUGCGGUUGGAGCUGUUAUAGUUACCAAGAUGGAUGGUCAUGCAAAGGGAGGUGGUGCUCUUAGUGCUGUUGCUGCGACAAAGAGUCCUGUUAUAUUUAUUGGAACAGGAGAGCAUAUGGAUGAGUUUGAAGUGUUUGAUGUGAAAUCGUUUGUCAGCCGCCUCUUGGGCAUGGGUGACUGGUCUGGAUUUAUGGAUAAGAUUCAGGAAGUUGUUCCUAAACUGGACAACCAGCCAGACCUUCUGCAAAAGCUUUCAGAAGGGACUUUCACGCUGAGGAUUAUGUAUGAGCAGUUUCAGCACUUGCUUCAAAUGGGUCCACUUAGCCAGCUUACUUCAAUGCUUCCAGGUGCUGACUUAAUGCCGAAAGGUAAUGAUAAGGAAAGCCAGGCCAAAAUCAAGAGGUACAUGACCAUGAUGGACUCAAUGACAGAGGAAGAGCUGGACAGCACAAAUACAAAACUGAUUACUGAGUCUCGGAUAGUGAGAAUAGCACGGGGUUCUGGUCGUCUUGUAAGGGAAGUGAAUGAAAUGUUUGAAGAGUACAAGCGCCUUGCCAAAAUAUGGAGCAAAAUGAAAGGAAUUAAGAUUCCAAAGAAGGGUCCAAUGAGUAAUCUGAACCAGAACAUGAAUGCGCAGCAAAUGAGCAAAGUCCUGCCUCCCCAGAUGUUGAAGCAGAUUGGUGGCAUGGGUGGCCUACAGAACUUGAUGAAGCAAAUGGGUUCAAUGGGCGGUAUGGGUGCUGCUAAAGAUAUGAUGGGAAUGCUUGGAGGCGGGGAUAAGUAGAUAUUGACGACAACUAUAGAGACGGUUGAAUCUCCACAAGUUACAGCAGGCCUGUGUGAAGCAGAGAGGCGAGCGACCUGGGACUGAAUCUGAAAUCCUUUUUUAUAUUUUGUUUUGUGACAAUUUUCAGGCAGCUAUCCUUAGUUGACACUGCAACUUACUUGCUAAAGAAUACUUAUUUAGUUUUCUCUUGAAUGGACAGAAGCAUUACUGGUUUUUAUUUAUUUUUAUAAUGUGUAUCAGCUGUAUCAGUUGAUUCGGUUUCCUUUCUUUGUUCU